CAUCUCCUCAGUUUCUGCAGCGAUGCGGCUUCGACUGAGAACAUUCUAGCAGGAGCCUCCUUCCCACCUUGAUACGAACGACGAUCAGGAAUUGGAGUAAAUUCAAAUAUCGCGGGGCGGAGCCGUGAACUCGGCGCGGUGAACCCCGUGGCGCGUUGUUGUGAUCUAAUAUGGCGGAGUGUAAUGUUGUGGCUGCCGAGUGUCUACGUGAAUUAUAAAACGUGAAUAGAGAUCAUCGGCGGGGUAGGGUGAUCGGGAGGAUGUAUUGUGCGGACGUUGCGUCGUUGGAUUGACUCUCGUAACGGUACGCGGAUAGCGUCGAGCAGCCGCGGAUUAUCUCGACCGCUUCAACACCUCCGCGCGUUGUUUUCCGUCAACGAAAGAAUUACACAUAUUUCGGUGCGGUGUAUACACACGCACACAGGACCACACAUCUUCGGAUUCGUCAAAGACGUGCCGCUCUUCAGCUUCCACACAAAUUUUCUGCCGUUCGUUCUGCCGCAGCCGCUUUCGUCGCUGUCGCCGCUACAAACCCGUCGAAGAGAGUAGCAGCAGCAGCUUAGUGUUGUCGGUGGAUCGCCUCUUCGCUGACGGGGGGGGGGGGAAGGGGAAACCUUGGCCGACGAUUGUAGCAUAUCAAGCUUGCACAGUUUUUCGGUACAACCCGUCAAUUUUCUAUCGCCAAUCAAUUAUCGCUUGUUGUUAUUGUUUGGCGUUGUUUUCUUUCGUUCGUCCUCUAUCCUCGACUUUUCCAUUCCGCAGGCAACGGACGUACGAGCAAAUGAUCAUAUAACUGUGGAGGACGACAGGCAAUACCGCACGCACGCAUGUGUACGACGUGUCGUGUCGUAGUAUGCGUACGACAUGUUAUAAAAAAAAGAAAAAACAAAAGAACGUGCGAAAAGUGCCGCUGAGCGAGUAGCGUGAGGAGGGAAAGGGAUAGGAGUAAGAAACUGUGGAAGAGAACGACGAUAUCGAGGAAAGAAACACUAGUCGGCGAUUAUCGUGGUGAAAAAUAACAGAGAUAGAGAAUAAAGAUAUAGAGAAGAAGAACCGUCUAAGAAGAAAGUUAUAUUUUAUCACGCUUAAUCAAACGGGCGAUUGAUUGACGAUCGCGGAGAACCGACCGAGUCCUAUUUAAGUGAAAAUUUACGAAUAUCGUGCGGAGUAUUAAGUGAAUGAGUGAGUGUAAGAUCGUACGGGAAACACGACGACAACCCUCGAAUUCCCGCGCUGCCGAUAUUAUAUCCCAGGCAGCAGCAGCAACCUUGCGUGAUUCCUAAAUCUGUGAGGAGAAAGAACAAGAAGCAGGCAUCGGAUAGAUAUAAUUUAAAGUAAUAAUAAUAAUGAUAAUAAUAAAACUCGGUGCGAGGAAGAUUGAAAAAAAAAGGGGGUAGACAAACCAUAUUAUUAACGAUAUAUAUAUAUAUACAUAUAUAUACACACACACACGUACAUAUGUAACACGGCUUACGCACACUCACAUAUUCUACGUUGUUUGUAGACAGUUACAGUCUUGAGAGACAGAGAAGUAAGAAAAAAACAGCAAAAUGCGGCGCAAACUUACGUACUGUUGAAAAUAUCCGGACGUUACAUUAUCGGUGGAUCUGAAUACGGAGCACGAACAUUUGAAAGAAUAGACGUACACACCCACACCCAAAUAACAAUAAUGCGGAUUUCAUCGCCUAGGUCGAUCGUCAAAGGUUGUAAGACUUAUACGGACACUUGAUCGGGCGUUGGGAAGAUUUUUCAAGGAAAAGAAGAAAGUGAAGGCAGAAAAGAGACAGUAGAGAAAGUAAAACAAACGCCAGUCAUAACCUACGAUGCGAAUCUUUUUCUGGUGACGUCAUAAAUAUAGUUAUAGUGUGAUAGUAAUAGUAAUAGUAAUAGUAAUUAGCGUGUCUUAAGAAAGAGAAAAGUAAGAAAGUACACAUAUUCAAGUAGAUAGACACUAUACAUGCUGUUUUGGUAGUUAUAAUAUAUAUUUGAACCGAAGAGAACGACCACAAUGACGGACACACGAAGAAGAGUCAAGCUAUAUGCUCUGAACGCCGAUCGCCAGUGGGAUGAUCGUGGUACCGGACACGUCUCGUCGUCGUACGUCGACAGGUUGAAGGGAAUCUCACUUUUGGUCAGAGCCGAGAGCGACGGAUCACUUUUACUCGAAAGCAAGAUUCAACCUGACACCGCGUAUCAAAAACAACAGGACACACUGAUCGUAUGGUCGGAAGGGGACAACUUUGACCUGGCGCUGAGCUUUCAGGAGAAGGCAGGAUGCGACGAGAUAUGGGAAAAGAUAUGUCAGGUGCAGGGCAAGGAUCCGUCCGUUGAAAUAACGCAAGAUAUAGUCGAGGAGUCCGAAGAUGAGAGGUUUGACGACAUGUCGGAUUCGGCGCCGCCGAUCGAAUUGCCUCCGUGCGAAUUGGGUCGGCUGGAGGACAUAAACGAGCUGGUGGGUAACUGCCUGUCGUCACCGAUAAGGAAGGAGAAACUGGCGAUGGCAUUGGAAUCUGAGAGCUAUAUAAAGAAGCUGCUGAACCUGUUCCACACGUGCGAGGACCUGGAGAACAUCGAGGGUCUCCAUCACCUCUACGACAUAUUCAAAAACAUAUUCCUUCUGAACAAGAACGCCCUCUUUGAGGUGAUGUUCGGGGACGACACGAUAUUCGAUGUAGUAGGUUGUCUAGAGUACGAGCCCACGCUUCCCCAGCCAAAGCGUCACAGGGAGUACCUCAGACAGCUGGCGCGGUUCAAGCAGGCGAUCCCAAUCACGAACGCCGAGCUACUCGCCAAGAUACACCAAACUUAUCGCGUCCAGUACAUUCAGGACGUGGUUCUACCUACGCCCAGCGUCUUCGAGGACAACAUGCUCAGCACGUUGAGCAGUUUCAUAUUCUUCAACAAGGUAGAGAUCGUCACGCUGAUACAGGACGACGAGAAGUUCCUCACGGAGCUAUUCAGUCAGCUUACGGACGAGGCAACCUCCGACGCUAAGCGGCGAGACCUCGUUCUGUUCCUCAAGGAGUUCUGCAACUUCUCACAGAAUCUCCAGCCGCAGGGUAAGGAGGUAUUCUACAAGACCCUCACUGCUCUUGGCAUUCUUCCUGCCCUCGAAAUCACUCUCGGCAUAAAUGACGCGCCAACCAAAACAGCAAGCAUUGACAUCCUUACGUACAUCGUCGAGUACUCGCCUAGCGUUGUGCGAGACUAUACGCUGCAGCAGAUCAACAAUACGGAGCAGGAGCAGAUGCUGAUCAACGUCGUCGUUGCCCAACUCGUUGGGGAUAGUGAUCCGGAACUUGGGGGCGCCGUCCAACUCGCUGGCGUUCUACGACUGCUUCUGGACCCUGAAAAUAUGCUCGCGUCUGUCAACAAGUCGGAGAAAACCGACUUUCUCAAUUACUUUUACAAGAACAGCAUCUGCACUCUGAUCGCCCCACUCCUGGCUAAUACCAUCGGCGAGAGGCCAGCCCGCGAGGAUUACAGAACUGUUCAGCUGCUCGGUCUCAUUUUGGAACUCUUAUCGUUCUGCGUUGAGCAUCAUACCUAUCACAUUAAAAAUUGUAUUCUAAAUAAGGACUUGCUCAGGAGAAUACUCGUUCUCAUGAAGUCGACGCACACGUUCCUCGUCCUCUGCGCUUUGAGGUUUAUGCGAAAGAUUAUUGCUCUGAAGGAUGAGUUCUACAACAGAUACAUAAUCAAGGGAAACCUGUUCGCCCCUGUAUUUGAUGCUUUUGUCAGGAAUAACGGCAGAUACAAUCUGCUCGACUCGGCGAUUUUAGAAAUGUUCGAAUUUAUCAAACUGACCGCGUUCCAGGAGGAUAUAAAGUCGCUGUGUUCCCACGUCGUCGAGAACUUUUCUAAGGAAUUGGAGGCCAUUGAUUACGUUCAGACUUUCAAAGCACUCAAACUGAGGUACGAACAGCAUCAGGACAAACUGAAAGAUCGUGACAGAGGUGCCUUGGACAGCGUCCCUUCGAUAUUGAGGAAUAGCCGGUACCGUCGCGAUCAGCGUCAGCUCGACGAGGAAGAGGAAAUGUGGUUCAACGAGGAGGAGGACUUUGACGAGGGAGAAGCAGUCGUUCCUGCGGCUGCAGCAGACAUCGUGCCACCUGCUGCGACCAAAAAACAACCCCCGGCGCCUAAUCCGGCACCGAAUCCUAAUCCUGUGGAUCCGAAAACUCCACAGCUGCAACAGCAGCAGCAACAACAACAGCAACAACAAACGGUACUCAAUAAUAAUGCGACAACGCACCAGCAGCAGCAGCAACAACCACAACAACAACAACCGCAAUUGAAUAGCAUCCAACCUUCCAAUGAUUCUCCGUUACCUGCCGAGAGUGCCACGAGUCCGAGCGUUGUGAUAGAAAAGACUGGAGCUGCUAUAUUUAGGAAGGGUCUUGUCGACUACGAGGGUGAUUCGGAUGAGGAGGAAGAGGAUUCCGAGUUGAGUCCGACGCCGAAACGGCAGCGACUCUCAUAGUCCGGGGCAGAAUAAAUGGAUGGCGUUGUGUUAUCGCCGUGUGACGUGAUGAACGAAUAUGAUAUACAUAUAUCCGUGUUCCCGAGCCUAGCUCGUAGGGGAUAUAUCUGUGCGUGUGUGCGUGAGCGUGACUGUCUGUAUCGUGGGCCGCGAAAGGGAGGAAGGGGAACAACUCUAGUAUAUCUAUCCGCGCGUCGAAACUGGCUAUAAAGAAAAGGGAAAAUUUAA